AUGUAUUGAAAAGAGCGAGAAGUCGAAAACUGCGGUACGCAUGCGUUUAAAAUGAACAGUCUAAGAAAUAUCGCAAAUGUCGGUAUCAUAGGUGGAGGUUUCAUUGGUGCUGCUGCAGCUCUUACUUUAGGCUUGUCUCAGUCAUUAUAUACAGUGGAUGGAGGCCAUCGAGCAAUCAUGUUUAGUCGUAUUGGUGGAGUGCAAGAUGAAAUAUUUACCGAAGGCUUACACUUCAGAAUCCCGUGGUUUCAGUACCCUAUUAUAUAUGAUAUUAGAUCUCGACCACGAAAAAUAACGUCACCAACUGGUAGCAAAGAUCUUCAAACGGUUAACCUCACAUUGCGCGUAUUGUCUCGACCUGAAGUGUCACAGCUUCCACACAUCUAUCGUACUCUGGGGACUGAUUAUGAUGAACGGGUUUUACCAUCCAUAGUCAAUGAGGUUCUAAAGGCAGUUGUUGCUAAAUUUAAUGCUAGUCAGUUAAUUACUCAGCGUCAGCAAGUAUCAUUGCUGAUUCGCAAACAGCUUGUCGAAAGAGCCAGUGAUUUCCAUAUAAUUGUUGAUGAUGUCUCCAUCACUGAUUUAACUUUUUCACAAGUUUACUCUGCUGCUGUUGAAGCAAAACAGAUUGCUUUACAAGAAGCACAGCGUGCGCAGUUCCUCGUAGAACGUGCGAAACAAGAACGUCAGCAGAAGAUAGUUACUGCUGAAGGUGAAGCUCAGGCGGCAAAACUGAUUGGUGAUGCCCUUUCUCAAAAUCCCGGAUAUCUUAAGCUUCGGAAAAUAAAAGCGGCUACGCAAAUUGCUCGAACGGUAAGACCUACUUUAAAUUAGCUUCUCAUGUCCCACUUAUUCAGUCUUCUUAACCAGUAAGUUCCUAGAAAGUAAACUCAUGAAAUCAACAUAUCAAAGAUAACUCAAAUUCCGUAUUUUGAGUUUUACGCAACCCAUUAUCAUAAUCUCUUCUCCAACGUUAGAAGUUACUAGCUUUUGAAAUGUAUGCAAAAUUACUGUUUUUUGAACUGAAUUAAUUUGGAGACGUAUUCACGAAUCUUAACUGAGAACAUUGAGGCAGUAGACACCUUUCGUGUUUUUUCUAACUAUCUUCUGAAAACACUGUGCUAUUUUGAGAACAACGUAAGGUGUUUUUUUCAUUCCUUUAUUAUUAUUGUCCAAAGUUUCGCAGCACUUUAACUACUCAUGAUUCUAAUUAUGACGAUGUGAUCUACUGAUUGCCACAUACACACAACUUAGGAUCAUUUUAAAUGUCUGGAAACUAAUCUGUUAUUUCAGUCAAACAAGUCCUGCUUAGGUUUGUUCAACAUAUUUUCCGGAUCAUAACUUAUGUAUAUAUAGCCAUGAUAAUAAACUUGUUAAUUGUCUGUCCUUUUUCAUUUAAAGCUGUAUAAUGUAGUUAAUAGUAAUUAAUUUUCAUAUUUCUGGUCAAAUGUGUUCAAACUAAAGGUUUGCAAUUGUGACAAUAGAGUUAAAUUUUCCUUUUUUAGGUUGCUCAGUCUCAAAACCGUGCAUUUCUACAUUCUGGCUCUUUAAUCCUCAAUGUUGCUGAUCCUAAAUUCGACGCUGGUCUGGAUGUUUUGAAGAAAAAAUAAAUUGAAGUGUUGGAUAGUAUUAACAUCUUUAAAAAAGUCUUAGACUAGCAUUUCCGAAUGUAUUUUGUACUGUGUUACGUUCCUUAAUUUAAUUGAACACUAUUUCUGUGAAUACGAUUGAUGUACAAGCAAGUAAAAUAAAAAUCUUAUCUUGAAGUUUUUCCUUUGUUGAUUUAUCGUUGUUGACAAUUAAAUUUUCAGUUUCAAUCACUGCGUUAGGAAUUGAGAAC